AUGAAGUCUCUCCAAUUCAUGAGUGCUGAAGCAUUCGUGUCAAAUGCAGAGUUUGCCAGGAAGAGUCUCAGCAGUGUUGCCCCGAACCUUUUUCCUCUUCUUUUUAAAGCCGGCUAUUUACUGGAGCAAGGUCAAGUGAUCCAUGACUUGGUAGAGAACUGGCCACUUGCUGACUUUAACAUGGGAAAACUUUUGGGAAGCACCAUGGACUACCAGGAAGACCUGACACACAGAACAUGCUCAGUGUGCUUGGAAAGCUGUCUGAUAGGACUGAGAGACUAUGUGCUGCAUCAUUCUACUCCCUACGUGAAAAGGUUGAAGGUGGUCGACUUGACUGCUAUAAAGGAUGUUGAAGUUCAGUUCUGCCAGUGUAAGAAGACAAUGGGCAGGUGGGCCAGGACACAGCUGCUCUCUAAGCUUUGUUUAGAACUGCUGGUUUACCUGCAACAAACACAGUGCAAUAUGGAUACCUUUGAAAUCAGUAUCGAUGUGCUAAUUGACUUAUUUGUUACAGAGCGGAACUAUGAGCUGGUAGUGCAGGCCCUGUUGAAGAAGUCCUGUUGUCCAUUGAAGAUCUGCUGUGUGGCAUUCAGAUCUGACAACUUGGCUUUGCAGAAAUUCUUCUAUAUCAUAAACCUCACCGAUCCAUCCUUGUUGCGCAAACUGGAAGUGGUUCACAAUGUUCACUUGGAAAUGGAACACUUGGAAAUACUCUUCAACAGUGUCCACUUCCCUAUGUUGAUGUCCUUGACCUUGCCAGCACGAACAUUUAAUGUGCAGACGUUCACAGCUACAGAUGAAAGAAUGCUCACUAACAUAGGAGAAAAGAUGGCUGAAAUGACGCAGCUGACUGAGCUGAGUGUGUCAUUUUCUAUACUCACAGGAAGACUACAGAAACUCCUCAGUCCACUAAAAACUCCACUGAAGAUACUCGAUGUUUCUAACUGCUCACUGAACCAUGCUGAUAUGACAUAUUUAGCCAACAGCUUCCACGCUAAUCACUUAGAAACCCUGGACCUGAGUGGUCACAAUAUACCUGACUUUUACUCAUCAAUAUUCUUUAAGCUUCUCAGCCAUUCCUCUUCAGUGCUAAGGAGUCUUACCUUGGAGGACUGCAACAUCCAAGACAUUCAUGUCAACAUGUUGAUUUUAGGUUUAAGCUCUUGUCAGAAACUACAGGAGUUUAAGUUUCUUGGAAACCCACUGACAUCCCAAGCACUGAAACACCUUUUCACAUUUCUCUGUGAGUUGCCAAUGCUGAAAAAUGUGGAGUUCCCAGUCCCAAGGGAUUGCUAUCCUAUUGGCAUCACCUACCCAAUUGAUGAUGCCAGUCUCUGCAGGUUUGAUCACCAAAAAUAUGAAGAUGUAGUAAAGGAGCUUAACCUCAUUUUACUCAAAGCAAAUAGGGAGGAUGUGAAGGCUUCAACUCCCCUCUUUGGCAGUUAUGAUGCAGCUGUUCAAGAGACAAACAAUGAACUGGGAGCUUACUUGAUCAAGUCAUUCAAAGAGACUUUAGAAAAACUUACUACAUCUCUUAACAAAAGUAGUUAA